GUUCAAAAAGGAAGAGGAGUCGAUAAAUAAAUAAAAGCCAAAAAUAAAUAAAUAAACUAAGAUAAAGUUCUCCUUUCUAGGGUUUCCUUCUCCUUUUAAAUCUCUCUGCUUCCUCUUGCUGAGCCGUCUUCCAUUCAACCUCUUAAGCUCUGUUCAUAGAGUAUAUAAAAGAAAUUGAUUAAAAUCUUUUGGAUUUUAAACCUUCUUCAAGUUGUUUUUUUUUCAAAAAUUUUUUUUGAAAUCUAUCGAUUUUUCUUAUUUUAGAUCUGAUUGAUUGAUUAAUUAGAGGUUUUAAGAGAGAUCUGAAACUAUAAGAUAUGAAGCGAUCGAGGAAAUCGAACAGGGUAACGUGGGCUGCAGGUGUUAAUCUUUGUCAGGUAAAGCUCUUUCUAACUGAGGAUUCCCCUUCAAAAGUUGGUACGCAAGCUCAAGAUAACCUUCAGAAAAAACCAUCAUGGGUACUGCAUCAUUCAAAUGCAGAUGAAUUCAAUGAUCUCCCCCCUGGUUUUGAAGGGUGUCACACUUUGAAGAAUCCUUUAAAAGUGGAAUCAUCCCUCAUCCCUACAAUUCAAUGGAAGAGUCCUCCCAAACUUGUUCUCAGUUAUGACUGGCACGUUGGAGCAGGUGAAGAAAGCCUAGAGGCAAAGGCUCAAAAACUGAGGGAAAUGAGAGUGCUUGAAGCAGUUUUUCCACGCCCUUCUGCUAUUCCUCCUGGCCCGUCUAUUUCAUUGGACAUAGAAGAGGAAUAUUACGAUGAUAGAUUGACUCCCAUCAUUCCUCUCAUUCCCAUCGAGGAAGAGGCAGCUGGAGAAAUAUCUGAUUCAUCAGCACCAGUGAACAAUUUAUCAAAAUCUCCGGCUAUAUUACCAACAAGACUCCCAAAUUCUGCAGCGCAUAACAUUCCUGAACUAGAACCACGUACGAGCAAAAAACGAACUCACGGAGUAUCACCUGAUACAGGUGCUGAUUUAAUGGCUGCUGCUUCUGCUGCAGCUACUGCUUUAAUGAAAAGCAUGGAGGAUGGGAGCCAGAUUGACACUGAUUUACUCAUUAAAAUCUUAAGUGACCCAAAAAUGAUUGAGAAAUUGAUCAAUAACAAGAAACCACCUCUUAGCCCGGCUAGUUCACCUACCGAUGGCAAUUUGCAUAAUAUAUUUGCAGGGUUGAAACCGAUACCAAAACCAGUUGCAAGAUCAACUUCCUUGCCUACCGUACUUUCUUCCCCGAUACCGGGCAGUCUGCAGCCUCCAUCUACCCUUAGUGAGGUGCAACCAACAGGAACUAGAAUGCCAAGCCAACCCAUGACUCGACCUGUGGUAGCAAAUUUGGUGCAAUCUAAAGCAAACAGCUUUCUGGCCCAGCCAGUGAUGGCUCCAAAGCCUAUACCUAAUGUGAUGCCACCACCUUUAGGAGUGAUGCCAGUAAAGGACGUGAACUACAUUAAAAAUCUCAUUAGGGAACAUGGAUCUGAAAAGAAGGACCAAAAUUAUAAUAAAAUUCAAAACUUGGGCUUUGCACAAAAUUUGAAACUGAGAGAAGAAAAGCCCAAGUUUCAAAAGCCUUGCAUGUAUUACAAUACUCCUAGGGGUUGCAGGAAUGGCUCCAAUUGUCUUUUCCGACACGACUCGUCGUUUCAGUUUCAAACUGGUGGCUCUAUAGAGGCCCCAGGUGCAAAGAGAAUUAAAUUGAGUGGUGAGAUCACUGGGAGGUCGUAGGUAAGAAUAGUUUGCUUUAAUUUGGCAUGAGGAUGUAAAUAGGAAGUUUGAGCACUCUAGAGAGAAUUUGAAAUUCUUUUAUUUAAUGGUUACAAAUUUGGUUUUUUAGUGCCACGUUUA